CGUUCUUCUGCCCCGACCCACGGGUCGCGGCGCUGACCGCCGCUCUGCUGCCCAUCACCGCCGUCAAUGCCAUAGCUGACGGCCUGAACUGCGUGCUCAGCGGCACCCUGCGCGCCUGCGGCCGCCAGGCCCUAGGCGCCCGCCUGCAGUUGCUGUCCUUCUGGGUGUGCGGGCUGCCCGCGGCCUACGCGGCGGCCUUCGGGGCGGGUCUGGGGGUGCAGGGGCUGGUGGCGGCGGUGGGUGCAUGCAGCUUCGCGCAGUGUCUCAUCGUGGGCGUGACCAUCAGCAGGUGGGACUGGCAGGCGCAGGUGCGCAACUCCCGGGCCCUGCUGUCCUCCCUGCAGUGAAGCUACUGCCUCGUGGAAGGACGGCGCUGCGGCCUCGUCUACGUUAAUACCUGCAGCCCGUGCCGGUACUGCUGGAAGCUGAACAUGCACAGUGAUACCCGGUAACCAAAGAUUGCUGGUAGCAGCAGGAACAGCAGGAGCUGCAGCGGCUGCAGGACCGAGUGCGUUAGACCGGGUUCGUGGACGGUGUGUAGAGCUUCAUAGGAACAUAGCACUCCAGGGUUUCCUGAGCAGAAGUUAGAGAGCUUCCGCUGUGCUCCAACGUACCGCGUAUCCCUAAAAAUUUCACAAGUGUUUUUAAAUGUACUACCGGUAGUGUGCUCGCUGCGGUCAGGCAUAGUAAGCAAUUAAGCACAUCUCGCCAACAUUCAAUGCAAACGGGUUUGCAUUGGGUUUGCAUUGCUCGUCUCUAUACGUAAGCAUACGUACGGCAACGUAUGUUGGUCGGUCAAUGAGUGAGAUAUUGCUGUGUGAGUGGAAACUCUUCAGAAAGCAGCUGGUCUAGACAAGCAUAUAGUGAUGUCAUGCGCACAAGUUGCGGGCCCUGCUGCAUCCAGGCUUGCAUCAGCUGCUACAUACGCAAAUGCCAGGAUGUAUGUACGGGCAGAUAGAGCACGCUGCCCUACAUACCUUCUUGCAGGGUAUAGUCGUAGGUACGCAGUCCUGUGUUCUGGCUGUAUUUUGUUUUCCUCAAAAGCUGUGCUGAGGUUUUGUUUUGAUUGCCAUUUUGUACUAUAGCUAGGAAUCCCGAGACCGUUGCCCCCCGGUAUUGGUCACCAGGAACGCAACGCUCCUGGUCCUGGCCCUGGGACAAGGCGGUAAACCUGAUUUGGAGAUCGGUGGGGUGUUGGGAUGCAUUGUUGGGGAUGGAUAUGGUUGCGCAUUGCGUGCAAUGACCCAAUGACCUAAGGCAUAGCACGACAGCGUUUGCUCAGCUAGGAACGCAACCUAAAGAAGCUGCUGCCUAUAAUAAGCUUAGCUAUGUUUUUGUAGCCAGUUUUGCUAUCGUUAUGUUUUUGCACCCGGUUUUGAUUAACGGUUCAAGCAUGUGAUGGUACGUAGCUGACCCUUGGGUCGGUUCUUACCUUUGUUUCCCGUUUACGGAUUUUUUUGUAGUGGAUAAGAAAGCACCACCUGAGACCUCCUCCAAGUAUGAAGGUCAUCUGAAAAUUAUGGUUGACUAUUGUUCUGCCAUGUUGACAUUAUGUCAUAUGUCGCUAGCUACCUGUAGUCGAGCUUUCCUUUGUAAUAACGGAACGGGACAGAAAUCAGUGUCAGAUGGCCUCCACCUCCC